AUGGCUAAUGAGACACCGUCCAACCUCACCACCGCCCCAGCCGGCACAGACAGUACGUUCGACGAGGUAGAGGAACUGUUCUUGCUCCAGAUGGCAGUUGCCAACAACGAGCCUCUUUCCCCACAGCUCAAGGCUGUAAUGGCAACCCAAGACACUACCGCCUCAACCGACAAACCUGCGGAAAGACGUCCAUCGCCAUUACUUAUGGAGCGACCGAGAAGCUCUGGUCUGGACCUAUCGGCUUUUUCUUUUGCAAAGCCUGCGCAAGGUCGCAAGCCAUUCACUCUUCAGGCAUCAACUAAGCCAUCGUCGUCCACAGCUGGGCUGAACAAUACUGCCACCCAGCACGAGCAUGCGCUGAAGAGUCAACUUGCAGUAUCCGACAAGGUCAUCCGCAAGAGAACGAUCGAAUUGGGAGCUUACAGAUCCCAGGUCGAUGCAUGGCAGUCGAAGAUAACGAACAUCAAAGGCUUUGUCAACCAGCUUGGUUCCGACUUCCAGACCCUCCGUAGCGAUGCAAACCGGCUCUUGGCGGCGAAGAAGAGCGUGCAUGACGAAAGGACAGAUAUUGACAGAAGCAUUAGUGAUGCUAAGGCACAAGUAGCUAAAGCUUCAGAUGCUGCCAGCAAAGGGAGAGAGCAGUUAUUGCGGUCAGAGAGCCAGGUUGACCUACUGAAACAGGCCCUUUCUGCAACAGAGGAGAAGACUAGAUAUGUUCGAGGACAGCUUUCCGAUGAGAAGAAAAGAACCAGACUUCUUGAGCAAUACAUCCAAGAAUGUUCCCGCAGUCAAGAACCAAAGCUUAAUCAGAUCAGGGCUGAUCAGCUAGCGAUUCUGAAGCGCUUCGAGGCCGUGUUUCGCACCUUGGGUAGCCAGCAACAGCUCUCUCAAAACACUAUUCAGCAAAUGAUCGGUCCUAGCUUAGACAAAUGUGUUACAACACUUGAUAAUCUCUGUGAAAAUAUUGUAAACAAUGACUCGAGUUUAAAGAACUGCAUUGACGGAGUCAAGGGUGAAAUAUCACGCAUGGGAGGUGAAUUGGUUCAACUACACGACUUGACCAAAGAAUGCCGCGCAAAUGAUGGCGGCUAUAUGACGAACCUGACCGAGCAACUCCAAAGCGUCACAAGUCAGAUUGCGAGCGAAUCAACGUUGGUCGAGGGAAUUUCCAGGAAUACGGAGCAUCUCGGCGGACUGAGAGAAACCCUUGAGCGCCUGUUACCUUUGACUGAUCAAUUGAACUGUUCUAUUGACGCAUUGAAGGACAACGAAGCAAGGCUUUGCGGCCAAAUGGAGCAACUCGAAGCCGACCUGGGUGAUGCGCGGACUCUCAAGAAUGCUGAAUUAGCUGCACUUGAACUCACGCGUCACGAGUUGGAGAAAGCUCAAAUAGAGGGCAGGAUGCAGAAAGUGGUGGCGGAGUCGGAAGCCAUGGCAGAAAGAUUGAGAGCAAAAAAUCUCGAGAACAAAGCCAUUUAUUCCUCCCUGCUUGAGGCAGAAUCACGAACUCAAGAGGUAGAAUCUUGUGUCCUGCAGCUCGAAUCGGAAGUUGUCACCCUGAGAGAUGCAGUCAAGAAGAAGGAGAACCAAGUCCGAGAGGAGUUGGGUCGGGCCAGUGUCAUCGCUCGCGAGCAGAUAAAGGCUAGAUACGAACAGCAACACCGCGAUCUGCUGAAAGAGAAAGUCGAUUUAGCGCAAUCAGUGGAUCUUCUUCAAAAGCAGCUUGACGAUACCAAGUCAACAUUCGAUGAGUUCAAAAGAACACGAGACAAAGAACAUGCCGAUCGAGGUAUACUUCUUGAUUCGAAGGCAAAGGAAGUUGAAGAGUUGGCUUGUCGUGAAUCCGAGACGGCCACUAAAUUAGCCGAGCAAGAGCAAGAGCUGACAAGACUGGCGGAACAGACAGCUCUGGCCGAAGCGCGGAGCACCUGUCUUCAAAAUCAAAUUGAGGAGACGAACAAGAAGGCACUCGCCCUCGAAAAUGACCUUAUUGAUACUCGUGACGAAAAAGACAAGGUUCUGACAGAGUUGCAGCAUAAGCUCGACGCGCUUUUGCAAGACAACAUGGAGAAACAAGAAGAGUGUCACAAGAUUCAGGAGAGGCUCACAGGUGUCCUAGCAGAACGAGCGGGUCUUGAGAGCGACAAGCUGAAGACAAAGGAUGAAAUCCACGCACUCCUUAAGCGAGUUCAAGAAUCAGAAGCGUGGGUAAACAAACUCAAGGAGCUUCUCGGUCGCGCAGGUCUCGCGGCGGCUACAGACUCGCUUACGGAGGUCUGGAGCAGGUUCGAGGUGAAUCUGCUGUCUACGGCUGGCAUUGCGCUUGAUAGUCGACAUGAUAUUCGGGUCAAUCCUGUCGAAGAAAGGUCCCUCGGUGCCAGUAGCGGUGGAUUGCUUUCCCAGGAGGAUAUCGAAAAGCCUGAGCAGAUCAAUUCCAAGUUGACAAGAGCCGCGACUACAGUGCCUGACAGCCAGGCAACCACUAGUCUUUCACCAGCAAGGCGAAGCGACAAAAUCAGUAAUGACGAGGCUUCUAUGGACUCAAUAUGCUUGCUGGAGUCAGGUAUUGUUCCAUUUUCUAGCAUCCAGCAGCAAUCCCCUCGCACUGAAUGCCUGUUUUCAAGAAACGAUAGCUUUGACCUCGCAGCCAUGCUUAUAUUCACUCCGGAAAGGGAAUCAGUGGCAGAUAGCUCUACCGUGGCAGAACUAGCUGCGAACUGUUCUACUAAGCGUAAGGGACAAGACUCGAUGGAAGGGCAACAGAACUCCCCAUCAAAAAGUUCUCCGAAGGCUGCAAGCCCUAAAAAUGAUGGUAGUCCACGCAGAGUUGAAAGAGCACCCACGGUACUCAAGUUACACUUGAGUAGUGGAAACAGCAAACCGGGUGAUAACAGAGCGAAGCACAGAUCAGUCACAUUCGAGACUGAAGUCCCAGCCGCGCAAAAAGGGAAACGCAAAUUACACGAUAUGGAGACUACUCACAGCCAGGAUAGCUCCGCAGACAGCUUUGAUGAGGAUAAUUCCAAGCGUUCGCGAAGAACAUACUCUAAGCAGCAACAGCAGUCAAUGACUCGGAUUCAGGGAAAGUCCAAGGGUCCAGGAGCAAGCGCCUCCAAAGAAGACAUUGCACAUGAAGUCACUGAAGCUGGAACGCCCCGCUCUAUCAUGAACAAGAGGACUAGAGUAUCCUUCGACACAAUCAAGACUACAUCGCAGACGGAGACAGUGACAGAGUACUUCGAUCGCAAAUCGAGCCCUGAAAAGCUUGCUUCUGGAAGCAGUAGACCUGCGCUGAUUGAUAAUCAAACUGGGUUCCAGAAGAAGCCGACUCGAGGUGGUAGAGGCGGCGGCCGAAAAACAAGAGGUGAGUAG